UUCACUUACUGAAGAAUGUACUUAAAUUCCAUUCUUUUAUUUUGUACAUUCAUAGCUUUUACCUCAGCUUUGGAUGAUGCCUUUGUGGCUAAAACGGGAAAAAAGGCAGAGUUGUCUAUGAUAACAUUCAAGACGGGACUAAUUUAGAAAUUUUUGAAGCCAACAAAAAAGUGGAGGAUCUUCUAGAUCGUAUGGAAAAUCUCGAGGCUCGUGAGAAAUCACGAGAAAAGGUAUAUUUGCGCGAGAUAAAGAGUUUAAGACGCCAACUUUUGAUUCAAACUCGACGUACCGCAUCCCUAGAAAGUGUGGUCCGAAGGCUUUCCAACAAAAGCCCCGGCAAGUUAAACCAGGAAAUAGACAAAUCAGUGGAAACCGAGGAUGACGGAAAUGGGCGAAUCAAAUCAGCGGAAAAACCAUCUCGUGAAGCGAUGCAAACCCACAGAAUCCGUCGUGCAGAGAAUGAAAACCCCGUUGCAUUUUUUGCAACUCUCAGUCAACAUCUAAAUCACGCUGGAGCGCAUCAGUCAAUCACCUUUGACAAUGUGGUAACUAACAUCGGCAAUGCUUACAAUAGUCAUUUCGGCUCCUUUACUGCCCCCGUGUCUGGUACGUACGUCUUUUCUGUCACACUCUUCUCAAUGUACCAUAGUAACUACCACGCACAAUUUGUCAAAAAUGGACAGGGUAUUACCUGGCUGUACAGUACAUUCGCUGGUUUCCUGCUACAAGAAGAUUUUGCGAGCGUAGCCGUCGUGGGAAAAUAAAAUGAAAUGUGCUUGAAUUGUGAAUUUUUGUCAAAAAGUCAGAUAUUCUUUACAUUCUCCGGCUAUAAUUUUGUGUCAGUAUUCAAUCCGUAUAUGCUGUAUUCAAAUAUCAACAUAUUGUGGAUAAUAAAAUGAAAGACUUCUAGGUCAUAAGUAAAUAUAAUGUGUAUUUUUCACUUACUCAAUGGUCAUUACUCUGGUCGAACGGAGUGAAACAAUAGACCAUCUGCACAGCUUCAAAUACUA